UAAAGCAGAAUCAGAAAUAGGCGACUGUGGGCGGAUGACCAAUCCAUAUAUAUACGGGUGAUUCCACUCAGCAAUCCUCUUCUUGUCAAGAACAAUAUAUAGGGCUUGACCACCACCAGCAGCAGUAGUAGUGGCGACUAUGUCGACGACAUAUACAACCAAGAGCAAUGGCACCACCUCUGAUGACAACAAGUGGCCGAAAGAUCAUGUGAAGAAGUCGGCCAGUGUUGACAGGCCGCCGCUUGUCCGGACCACAAAACUUUCUACAAUUACCAUCAAGCUAUACAGGCUCAUGAUAAUUCUCCGGAUGGGCAUCUUCGUGCUGUUCUUCAAGUGGCGAAUCGGCACUGCGCUUGUCAUGAUUAGCUCCACAGGCACCGACGACAAAAGCACAGUUCUUGGGAUGUGGAUGGUGUCCAUGGCUGGGGAGCUCUGGUUUGCCCUGAUGUGGGUGCUCGACCAGGUGCCCAAGAUGCAGCCUGUCCGCCGCGUCGUCUACCUCGCUGCGCUCGACGAGCCGAUGCUUCCGGCCAUGGAUGUAUUCGUGACCACAGUUGACACCGAGAAGGAGCCACCACUGGUGACCGUGAACACCAUCCUCUCCAUCCUCGCGGCGGACUACCCCGCAGAGAAGCUCACGUGCUACGUCUCGGACGACGGUGGCGCUCUGCUCACGCGCGACGCGGUCGCCGAGGCUGCCCGGUUCUCUGCACUGUGGGUGCCGUUCUGCCGGAAGCACGCGGUGGAGCCGAGGAACCCAGAGGCCUACUUCAGCCCCGGCGCCAGUAAUGGCUUCAAGGCGUGGAGGGCUGACUAUAAGGGAACGGCGUGGCCGGAGCUGGCAAGGGACCGGAGGCGCGUGCGCCGGGAGUACGAAGAACUGCGGCUGCGGAUCGACGCUCUGCAAGCCGGAGGACGUGCGGCGGUAGACGCCGUCGCUGCCGAUAGAAGCUGCUGGCGGCGAGGCGCCGCGGAAGAUCAUGCCGGAGCUGUUGAAUUGCUAGUCGAUAAUCCCGGUCCCGGCAGCACGCCACGGCUUGGCGUCAGCGGCACCGUAGACGGUGUCAGCAAUCUUCUGGACCUAAGCUCCGUCGACGUGCGGGUUCCAGCGCUGGUGUACAUGUGCCGGGAGAAGCGUCGCGGUCGCGUGAACCACGGCAAGGCUGGUGCCCUGAACGCGCUGCUCCGUGCCUCGGCCGUCCUCUCCAACGCACCCUUCAUCCUCAACCUUGACUGCGACCACUACGUGAACAACUCGCAGGCUCUCCGCGCCGGCGUCUGCCACAUGCUCGACGGCGAGGGCGGCAACGGCAACGACGUGGCGUUCGUCCAGUUCCCGCAGCGCUUCGACGGCGUCGACCCCGCGGACCGCUACGCGAACCACAACCGCGUCUUCUUCGACUGCACUGAACUCGGCCUCGACGGCCUUCAGGGACCCAUCUAUGUGGGCACCGGCUGCGUGUUUCGCCGGUCGGCACUAUACGGCGUCGACCCGCCGCUCUGGAGACCCCAGGGCGACGACGCUGGCAAGGGCGCUGCCAAUGGCAUUGAGACCGGGAAGUUGGGCGUGUCGACGCCGUUCCUUCGCUCGGUAUAUGCGGUCCUGACGAACCAAUCGGACCAAUGGGACACGGUCAGUAUUUCAUCACCGCCGUGCUCGUUCGACGCGGCCGCCAUUGGCGAGGCAACCGCGCUCGUCUCGUGCGGCUACGAGGACCGGACGGCGUGGGGCCGGGACAUCGGCUGGAUCUACGGCACCGUGACAGAGGACGUGGCCACGGGCUUCUGCAUGCACCGGCGAGGGUGGCGCUCCUCUUACUGUGCCACCGCGCCGGACGCGUUCCGCGGCACCGCGCCUAUCAACCUCACAGACCGGCUGUACCAGGUGCUACGCUGGGCGGCGGGCUCCCUCGAGAUAUUCUUCUCCCGCAACAACGCCCUCCUCGCCGGCCGCCGCCUCCACCCGCUGCAGCGCCUGGCGUACCUCAACACCACGGUGUACCCGUUCACCUCCAUCUUUCUCAUAGCCUACUGCGGCCUCUUCCCGGCGAUCCCGCUCGUGACCGGGAACGGCGCCACCACCGGGGCCUUCUUCUCAAUAAUCAUCAGGCCGCCGUCUGCCACGUACAUCGCCUUUGUGGCGGCUCUGAUGCUGACGCUCGCCGUGGUGGCCGUCCUGGAGGUCAGGUGGUCCGGCAUAUCGUUGGGCGACUGGUGGCGGAACCAGCAGUUCUGGAUGGUGUCCGCAACGAGCGCAUACCUGGCGGCGGCGGUGCAGGUGGCGCUCAAGAUCGCGGCCGGGAAGGAGAUAUCGUUCAAGCUGACGUCCAAGCAGCGUGCGACGAGCACUGUUGCCAGUGUAAAAGACAGGUUCGCUGAGCUCUACGCCGUGAAGUGGACGGUGCUGAUGGUCCCGACGGCCGUGGUGCUAGCGGUGAACCUGACGUCCAUUGUUGCAGCGAUGGAAGGUGGCUCGUGGAGGGAUGGCCCAAUGGCGGUGUUCGCUUUGGCGUUCAACGCGUAUGUGGUGGUGCAUCUCUACCCCUUCGCUCUGGGGCUCAUGGGUCGCUGGAGCAACACGUUGAGCCCCCUACUCUUGCUUAUCGCAUUCUUCACCGUUCGAUUACUUUGCAUAGUUCUCUAUGUACAGAUGCUUUAAUAUGCCUGAUAUUUAAGUCUGAUGAGCUGUUACAAUAUCAUUUCUAUUGAACUUGAGAACCUGAUAAAGAAUCAUUUGAUUCUAAUACCUGAAA